GCUUCCUAGUUCUAUUCCUACCUAGCUCGAACGCGACCUGCUUUGAUCCCCAGGAGGCAGGAGGGUAUCGUAAUUGACUGCCCCGCCCCGAAUAAUCAUGCUCCCUCCUGCUUACUUCCACUCAUAAAUAGGAAUGCCCGACACCUGCUCUUUUUUUACCCGCAACUCCCACCACUCCCUUCCAAAAGAACGAUCACUAUGAAUUCCGGCUUUCGCAUCACUUCAAAUUUGGCCCGCUGUCUGCGCCAACGAUGCGGAGCACCGGUGCCCCGAAGGUUAUUCCCACUGGCGGCCUCACCUGCAACUAGACAUAUAUCAUCUUCCUCGAAUACGAAGGGGACACCAGUGCCGACUCCCAAAGCUACCGGGAAAGCUUUCGAGAGCAAUGACAAGGGCUUUCUUGGAUCCCAAAAGCGCCUUCCGGAGUUCAAUCUAGUGGAUAGAGUGGUACUGAUUUCCGGUGGAGCACGAGGACUUGGGCUAACCCAAGCUGAAGCUCUGCUUGAAGCCGGAGCGAAAGGUUCGUGCUUUUGAUUCCUACCGUCACUAUCUCCCGUAUCUCUCAUCUUACUAGGUUUAUAGUGUAUGCCCUCGACCGCCUUGCGGAGCCAUCACCGGCGUUCUACGAAGCUCAAGCUAGAGCCACCGAUAAGCUCGCGACUUCCCUGCACUAUAUUCAAAUAGACGUGCGGGAUGAAGCAAGACUCCAUGCAGCUGUCCAGGCCAUUGCCGAAGAGAAUGGCCGACUAGAUGGCCUGAUAGCAGCAGCGGGCAUCAAUGAAGAGCACACAGCUCUAGAAUACACGGCGGCAGAUUUCAACAAGAUGAUGGAGAUCAACGUUACUGGAGCCUUCCUGACAGCGCAGGCCGCAGCAAGACAAAUGGUCAAAUUGGGAAAAGGUGGUAGUAUUGUUAUGAUUGCGUCGAUGUCCGGGACCAUUGCGAAUCGAGUAAGUUCAAUGAAAAAGCACAUCUCUAAUCGCCCGGUCUAACGGGAUAUGUUCACUAAUGCGGGAGAAUUAGGGACUGAUUUGCCCCGCAUAUAAUGCCUCAAAGUCGGCAGUUCUACAAUUAGGCCGCAAUCUCGCUGCCGAAUGGGGCCCUUACGGUAUCAGGGUUAAUACCAUCUCUCCGGGCUACAUUGUUACCGCGAUGGUCGAAGAACUAUUCACAAAGUUCCCGGAGAGGAGGGAGGACUGGCCCAAACAGAACAUGCUUGGAAGGUUGAGCAAGCCGCAGGAAUACCGGUAUUUCCUCUCCACGAUCCACAAAUGUUGACUUUAAAUGCCAUUGCUUUCGCUCAACUAAUAAAAUGCGAUAAUAACAGUGGCGCCGCGGUAUUCCUUCUCAGCGAUGCCAGCUCGUUCAUGACAGGUGCAGAUCUGAUCAUGGAUGGGGGCCAUCAUUCAUGGUAGUCAUAAUGUACCGCAGAGCGCCCAAUAUCCCCAUUCCCACCCCCCCCCCUUCCUUCCUCUGCAUAGGGAACCCCUCCAGGUGUUUGGUAUCUCCUUUGUCCGCGAGUUAUUCACCACAGAAGUUUUCAGGUUUCGGGUAUACCAGUAGGCUUUUACCAGCUCAUGUAUUGUGUUGGCAUGUGCGGUGGUAUUGUGACGGUGAUACCCCAGUAAUCAGUUUUUUGUUUUUGUUUUUAACAUUUGAAUUAUUACUAUCUGUGAAUCAUGA